GUGCGUACGUAAUAUGUAUGUCUCCCUUUCACGGCUCGAAACCCCUUUAUAAACCAUGCCUGGGUCACCUAGAAAGGCACAGCUCUUGCAAACCGGGAGGCAGAAAGCCAAGUACUGCUCAAAGCAAAUAAUCGACCGUCAUUUUAACCACGCCAUCUUGAAUUUCCUUGGGACGCUAUGUGGAAAGCUGUGGCACUCGCUGUGUGUCUGCUGGUGGCUGGGGUUCAUCCCAAGGAGGACCCAGCUUAUGCGGUGAAGCUCUGUGGCCGUGAGUUCAUCCGGGCGGUCAUCUUCACUUGUGGGGGAUCACGAUGGAAACGAUCACUCAGGAGCGCAGAUGACUCAGAGGACCCGUUUAGCUCCCGUCAGGAUGAGUCCUUCGAAGGCUUGAGUCCCAACUCGCUGGAGAGUCUUCUCCAAAGGAACAGAGAUCUUAGAGUCCCACCUAGAGACAGCCAGGACGGAGUGUUCAGCAGGCCGACACGCUCUUUCAUCACUGAGGAGAUCCUGGAGGCCCUGCGCAAGGCUGACCGCAAGGGCCGCGAUGUGGUGGUGGGUCUGUCCAAUGCCUGCUGCAAGUGGGGCUGCAGCAAGAGUGAGAUCAGCUCCCUUUGCUGAGAGUUGAUCUCCCGGCACAUUGCAUAUAUUAAUAUGCACACAGAUACACAAAUACACACACUCAACCUUUAUUCAAUGCACGUAAAUCCUAUAGCAUUUAUAUUAUUUUAAAGCCUGUGUCUUUCAGUUAAACCAUUAUAGGAGCUGUAAGAAAUGUUGCAUUGUUUGCGUCUGAACGGAAAGGGCUGUCAUGUGUUAAAAAUGCUUUGUGAUAAACAGCCCAAUUUAUUUAUUCUUAAAUCCAUACAACUGAAUUUAACGAUUUUGUAUUUUUGCAUUACUUUUUCAAUUGUGCACCUUAGAACUCAAUGGAAUGAAAGUCUUUUUCGGAUCAACAGCUACAUAGAUUGUCACUAAUGUCUAAAAAUGUCUUGUUUGUAAAUUAAAAGCCGAAUG